GCGACUUUAGGCGGGUUUCUGCGUGUUUCUGCGGGGUUCUGUGGGGUUCUGCGUGUUUCUGGCUUCAGCUGGAGGAGAUUCGCUCCUUUUCGUCCAGAAAUGUGAAGCCGUGUACCGGUUGGAGCGGAACCUUUGCCCCCGAGGAGCAGAGCCAGCGGCGACCCCGUCCCGGCUGCGGUCCCGGCUGCGGUCCCGGCUCCGGGACUCCCUCCCGCUGUCGACAUGACUCUCCUCCCUGUUUUAAUCGCUUUUACCGUUUUUAUCCCGCUGGCGGGGGCCGCCGCGUCCCCGCGGCCACAACCGGACCAGGAGUUCGCCUCGCUCAGGUCCAUGCUGGAGGACUUCGACGUGCUUCCUCUCACGGGCCUGCAGAGCCACUCGGUCCGGCGCCGCGCCGCCCAGGCCCAGACCCACCUGGAGCGGCUGCUGAGCUUCCACGCCCUGCGGAGGCACUUCCAGCUGUAUCUGAGGACCAACGAGGAGCUCUUCACCGAGGACUUCAGGGUCGUGGUGGAGGACGAGGACGGCCGGGAGCAGCCCUACCCCGUCAACAGACACAACUACUUCACCGGACAUGUUGUGGGGGAGGAGGGCUCUCGCGUUCAGGCUCUCAUAGACGACCAGGAGUUCUCGGCCCGCAUCCUGACGCAUGAAGCAGAGUACAACAUUGAGCCUCUGUGGAGGUUCACGUCGGCUCCCCCCGACGGCCGCCUCCUCGUCUACCGCUCUGAAGACAUCAGGAACAUCAGCCGGCUGCAGCAGCCCUCCGUCUGCGGCUACGUCACCUCCGAGUCCAACCACCUCCUCCCCGACGGCGUCAGAGCGGCCGUGCUGGACCAGGAGGAAGAGGAAGAAACUCUGUGGCGAGCCAGACGGGAGGUCCACGACCACAUGAAGAACACGUGUCCUCUGCUGUUGGUGGCCGACCAUCGCUUCUUCAAGUACAUGGGACGGGAGGAGGAGAGCAUCACCCUCAACUACCUGAUCGAGCUGAUCGAUCGCGUGGACGACAUCUACAGAAACACCUCGUGGGAUGAUGAGUUCAGUGGUUACGGCGUGCAGAUCCAGCAGAUCAUCAUCAAGAAGAGUCCGACUGACGUUGUUCCUGGGAAAAGUCAUUUCAACAUGAAAGGCAGCCCGGUGGAGGGCCGGGACGUGUGGGACGUCAAGAAGCUCCUGGAGCAGUUCAGCGUGGACAUGGCAGACAAGGCCUCCAACGUGUGCCUAGCUCACCUCUUCACCUAUCAGGACUUUGAUGAAGGCACUCUGGGUCUGGCCUACGUGGCCCCGUCCAAACCCGACAUCCCCGGAGGGCUCUGCUCCAAAGUUUGUACUACAGCGACGAACGAACAAGGAAACAUCUACCUCAACACCGGCCUCACCAGCACCAGGAACUACGGCAAGACCAUCCUGACCAAGGAAGCAGACCUGGUGACGACCCACGAGCUCGGCCACAACUUCGGAGCGGAGCACGACCCUGACAAUGUCCCGUACUGCGCCCCCCGGGAGGACCAGGGAGGGAAGUACGUCAUGUACCCCAUCGCCGUGAGCGGAGACCACAUCAACAACAAGCUCUUCUCCAACUGCAGCAAACACUCCAUCGUCAAGCGCCUGCGCUCCAAGGCUCCGGACUGCUUCAAGCAGAGGAACAUCAACGUGUGUGGGAACUCGCGGGUGGAGCAGGGCGAGCAGUGCGACCCGGGGCUGCUGCACAUCAACUCGGACCCCUGCUGCACCGACGACUGCAAGCUGAGGGAGGGAGCUCUGUGCAGCGACAGGAACAGCGCCUGCUGCAAAAGCUGCCAGUUCGAGUCCAGAGGCCAGGUCUGCCAGGAGCCCAUCGAUGCCACGUGUGAGGGCCACUCCUACUGCACAGGAAACAGCAGCGAGUGUCCUCCCCCAGAGAACGCUCCGGAUAAGACGGUGUGUCUGGACAACGGAGAGUGUCUGCAAGGAGAGUGUAUUCCCUUCUGUCAGGUGGUCCUGAACCUGCAGCCCUGCGCCUGCAACGAAACCAACUCAUCGUGUAAAGUCUGCUGUCGGAGCAGAAGUGGCGUCUGCGCCCCCUACGAGGACGACACGGGGAGGUUCGUGUUCCUGCGGAAGGGCAAACCCUGCACCGUGGGCUUCUGCGACGGAAACGGGAAGUGCAUGAAGCAGGUGCAGGACGUGGUGGAGCGCCUGUGGGACUUCAUCGACAAACUGGACAUCAACACGUUCGGGAAGUUCCUGGCAGACAACAUCGUGGGCUCGGUGGUGGCCUUCUCCCUGCUCUUCUGGGUUCCCUUCAGCAUCCUGGUCCACUGUGUGGACAAGAAGCUGGACCAGCAGUACGAGCAGACCACCAAGUCCCUGUUCUUCUCCAGUAAUGCCGAGCUGUUAAGCAGCCUGGAUUCCGCCUCCGUCCGGAUCUUCAAGCCUCCAACCUUCCCCGCCCCCCCGGUGCGCUUCCACUCCAGUGGUCCCCAGCAGCUCAGCCCGCCGCCGGUCUUCAGCGCCGCCCCGGACCUGAACCCGGGCCCGGGCCCCACCCCGCCCCCUCUGGACAGCCCCCGCAUGGCCACCAUCCAGGAGGACCCCAGCCUGGACUCCCACCUGGACGAGGAGGAGCUGGAGGAGGCGUUUGGGCGCUCGGCGGGGGCGGGGGCGGGCCUGCUCCGCCGCUCCUUCGAGGACAUGACGGACAAGAGCGCGGCGGGUCGCAGCGACAAGGCCAAGCUGUUCCACCUGCACAGACAGCAGCACAUCGACAGCAAGGAGACGCAGUGCUGAGAGACGCAGGCGGGCCGCGCCGCCCAGCGCCGCGCCGCCCAGCGCCGCGCCGCCCAGCGCCGCGCCGCCCAGCGCCGCCCAGCGCCGCGCCGCCCAGCGCUUGUUUCAGCAGCUUUCAAUGUUGUUUUUGUGGAGCUUCGUCGUUUCAGACUCGCCCCUCCUCAGGACCAGUUUCUGUCCCGCCCCCGACCUCCGUCUCUGACCUGGAGACGACCCGUCUCCCCGUUGAAGCUCCAGCGUCCCACCAUCAGACAGUCCUCUGGUGGUCGGAUCCCAGCGGCCGUCGGAGGAGACGGGAACCCGCUCCUGAACGCCCAGCACGUUUACAGAGCGGUUACGGUCCGUAACGAGGCCGCGGGGCGGAGAGGACGGCGCCGCCGGCCUGCUGCUUCCUCUUGGGCCAGGAGGUUCGGUCUGGGAGUCAAACCCACAGUGUUACUUAGUGCCUUGCUCAACUGUCUGAGCUGCACACGCACACGCACACAGACUGACUUCUUCUGCUGGUCACCAUGGUAACUGGUGCUGAUCAUCAUCACCAGCGUGUUGUUCUGAUGCUGCUGCUCUCGUCGUUUUAGAGCCCCAGACGUGUGAAUUACAACAGAGACGUCACAGAACCCAAUUUUAUUCACAACAGAACACGGAGAGCGUUAAAGAUGCGGUUCCGUUGACUUUGAUGGCAGCAACUCAUCUUAAAAGGUGGGGAAGGUUUGAGUCUCUCCAGUGAUUUUCUCCCAGGAUCAGGUCUGGUUUCUGCGUCGGGGAGCUGGUCUAGAUCCCAGACCUCUGCGUGUUCUGGGUUCUCUUGUGAAUAAACCGUCUCUGACGUGCAGGUCGCUGGUUUCCACCAGCGGCCGCAGCACGAGUCCUCACGUCUGCCGCUUCUCUCCCUUUUAAACCCGUCCACGGAUUUAGAUUUUAUUGUGUGUGAGUGAACUUGUGUGGAGGCGUCGCCGCCAGAGACACCGUGGCUCCGGCGGUCGGGGCCUCGCCGCUCAAACGCUCCUGGACUUGAACCCAUCUCAGUUUCUCUGCAAUGAAUCCUGAACGAGUCUGAAAUGUGGCCAGUUUUUUUUUAUCUCACGUUUGGGCGUAAACGCUUGAAACUGCUGAAAGACAAAGUUGCCAAGAAAAACAAAAAUGUCGUGUCAGAAUAUCGACUCUUUAAGAGUGAAACUCAUUCAAAGUAUUUGACGUGUUGUAAUAUUUGUAGAUGGUAUUUUUAUAAAGACUUUAAUUGAGGUGAAAGUGACUUUAAACUGGUGUUUCAGGUGUUUCAGGUAUCCGGGGCUCCGUCUGUGUCGUGUGUUUGUCACGUUUGAGUGAAAAUCAGCGCCACAUCUCUUCUUCUGUGGUUUAAAUGCCGCUGCCAGUAUUUCAGCGCCUCUGUCCUUCCUGUUUUCCUUCAUUGUUACGUCAUAUCAGAGGUUUUGUGUCAGAAGCUGCUGCUUUUGGAUGUCAAAUAAAGUUUGUGUUG